CUCAGGCGAAGCGUUGCAGAAACCGUUGUGAAGUUCUUGACUUUGGUUUAUGAUGCUGAAAGCUCUUUGUCACACAGAAGUUGCUUAGAGAAAAGCUGUCUUCUCCACUCAGGUAUAGCUCAAGAAACAGGUUGAUUUGAAAGAAAGCUAACAGCCCUGUUGGCCCUGUUGUCAAGUUUUCCGGGUUUGGAUGAGCCAUCUCCAGUAGUGUAAAAAGAGGUGUGAGGAAGCAAAUCUCACACCAGACAGCCCCCCAACCCCCCCACCGGCAGCCAUGCCGCCGCCUGCAGACAUCCUCAAGGUGGCCAUCGAGUGGCCGGGGGCAUUCCCCAAACUCAUGGAGAUAGACCAGAAAAAGCCUCUCUCAGCCAUCAUCAAAGAAGUGUGUGAAGGGUGGUCUUUGGGGAACCAUGAAAACUUUGCUCUGCAGAUUGCUGACGCGACAAAUUUCUACAUUACAGAAAAGAAUCGCAAUGACAUCAAGAACGGUGCAAUCCUGCGCUUAACCACCUCUCCUUACCAGACUGCCAUCCAGCUUCAUGAACGAAUCCAGUCUUCGAGCAUGGAUGCCAAGCUGGAAGCACUGAAGGACCUGGCCAAUGCUUCUCGGGACAUCACCUUUGCACAGGAGUUCAUCAACCUAGACGGCAUCUCCCUGCUCACUCAGAUGGUGGAAAGUGGGACUGAGCGCUAUCAGAAACUACAGAAGAUUAUGAAGCCCUGUUUUGGUGACCUGCUGUCCUUCACGCUGACGGCCUUUGUGGAGCUGAUGGAUCACGGGAUUGUCUCCUGGGACACUUUCUCUGUGGCCUUCAUCAAGAAGAUUGCCAGCUACGUGAACAAGUCAGCCAUGGACACAGCAGUGUUGCAGCGCUCACUGGCCAUCCUGGAGUCCAUGGUGCUCAACAGCCAGGAUCUUUACCACAAGGUGGCGCAAGAGAUCACCAUUGGACAGCUCAUCCCACAUCUUCAGGGGACUGAUCAAGAUAUUCAGACUUACACCAUCGCAGUCAUCAAUGCUCUGUUCCUCAAAGCUCCUGAGGAGAAGAGACAGUUUGAUGAGCACAUUGUGGACAUCCUAAAUUGUCCCCUGACAGAGAUGGCCCACAUUCUUGCCCAGAAGCAGCUGCGCUCCAUCAUUCUCACUAAUGUGAUCCGGAGCCCCACACCCAUUAACGAUGAGAUGGCACAUCAGCUGUACGUGCUGCAGGUGCUCACCUUCAACCUGCUGGAGGACCGCAUGAUGACCAAGAUGGAUCCUCAGGACCAGGCUCAGAGGGACAUCAUUUUUGAGCUGCGGAGAAUUGCCUUUGAUGUGGAGUGUGAGCCCAACAACAGCGGCAGCAUUGAGAAACGCAAGUCCAUGUACACCCGCGACUACAAAAAGCUCGGCUUCAUUAACCAUGUCAAUCCAGCUGUGGAUUUCACCCAGAUUCCUCCAGGCAUGCUGGCUCUGGAUAACAUGCUCUACUUUGCCAGACACCACCAGGACGCCUACAUCAGGAUUGUUCUGGAGAACAGCAGUAGGGAAGAUAAGCACGAGUGUCCAUUUGGCCGCAGCAGCAUCGAGCUGACCAAGAUGCUCUGUGAGAUUCUGAAAGUGGGCGAGCUUCCCAGCGAAAAUUGCCACGACUUCCAUCCCAUGUUCUUCACCCAUGAUCGCUCCUUUGAGGAGUUCUUCUGCAUCUGCAUCCAGCUGCUUAACAAGACUUGGAAAGAGAUGAGAGCCACAAGUGAAGACUUUAACAAGGUAAUGCAGGUGGUGAGGGAGCAGAUCAUGCGUGCACUCACUGUCAAGCCUAAUUCUUUGGACCAGUUCAAGAGUCGUCUGCAGAACCUGAGCUACACAGAGAUCCUGAAGAUUCGCCAGUCUGAGAGGAUGAAUCAGGAAGAUUUCCAGUCCCGCCCCAUCUUGGAGCUGAGGGAAAAGAUCCAGCCAGAGAUCAUGGAGCUGAUCAAACAGCAAAGGCUCAACAGGUUGUGUGAGGGAACCUGCUUCAGGAAAAUCAGCAGUCGCAGGAGGCAAGAUAAGUUUUGGUAUUGCCGUCUGUCCCCGAAUCAUAAAGUCCUGCACUAUGGAGAUCUGGAAGAGAGCCCACAGGGCGAGGUGCCACAUGACUCUUUACAGGACAAAUUGCCUGUGGCUGAUAUCAAAGCUGUUAUCACUGGCAAAGACUGUCCUCACAUGAAGGAAAAGGGAGCCCUGAAGCAAAACAAGGAGGUGUUAGAGUUGGCCUUCUCUGUCCUCUACGAGUCGGACGAAUACCUAAAUUUUAUUGCUCCUGACAAGCAUGAGUACUGUGUGUGGACAGAUGGUCUCAAUGCCCUUCUGGGAAAGGAGAUGACCAGCGAUUACACCAAAUCUGACAUGGACACCCUGCUCUCCAUGGAGAUGAAGCUUCGCCUCUUGGAUCUAGAGAACAUCCAGAUUCCUGAGGCUCCGCCCCCGAUUCCCAAAGAGCCUAGCAACUAUGACUUUGUUUACGACUGUAACUAAAAAAGUAUGACCCCUCUCAAACCCCGCACUUUCUGUAGUCACUGGACCAAUCACCCUUUUCUUAUAAACUGGAACAAGAAUGAGUUAAACCAUAUGAUGUUAAAAAAAAAUAAAU